CUUGCCUCUCAGGCAUUUGUUGUGCAGUUCCUCUUUGUCUGCUGGGCACAAGGGCAACAGCAUCUGCCUCCCCCUUCCUGUGCACACCCCUAUUCCCACCCAUUCACUGGCUUGGGAAAGUGAUGCUGUAGCUUAGCAUCCCCCCCAAUAUACACAUAUACAUUCUUUCCAGCCCCCUCCUCAAGCACAUCCAAGCUCCAUAGCUCCCGCGCUCGCACUCUCUCUUACACAUACACACACACACACUCACACACACACACACUCACUCACUCACUCACACACAUACACCCUGGGCUGAGCUCUUCUUGCUGGCUGCAGCCGUGGGCCCCUGCUCACCGUGCCGCUGCUGCUGCCUGCGAAAUGACGGCGGUUCCCCUCACUUCCAGGAAUCCACGCUUCCUGGAAGGUGAGUGGCUGGGCUCACCCCUGCCUGCCACCGAGACGCAGACAUGCACACACCACCCGCACUCCCUCGCCGUUUCCAAGGCGGCGGCCGCGCUCGCACCCCAGGGUCUCACCGGCAAGGGAAGGAUAAUGUAGCGGGGACUCAUCUCUGGAGAAAGAGUUCCUCGGGGCCCCAGUGGGGCCCUCGGUGAGCACCCCCAACAGCCAACACUCUUCUCCCAGUCGCUCACUCAGUGCCAACUCCAUCAAGGUGGAGAUGUACAGCGAUGAGGAGUCAAGCAGACUGCUGGGGCCAGAUGAGCGGCUCCUGGAGAAGGAUGACAGUGUGAUCGUGGAAGAUUCCUUAUCUGAGCCCCUGGGCUACUGUGAUGGGAGUGGCCCAGAGCCUCACUCCCCUGGUGGCAUCCGGCUGCCCAAUGGCAAACUCAAGUGUGAUGUCUGUGGCAUGGUCUGCAUUGGGCCCAACGUGCUCAUGGUGCAUAAACGCAGCCACACUGGUGAGAGACCCUUCCACUGCAACCAGUGUGGUGCCUCCUUCACCCAGAAGGGGAACCUGCUGCGCCACAUCAAGCUGCACUCUGGGGAGAAGCCCUUCAAAUGUCCCUUCUGCAACUAUGCCUGCCGCCGGCGUGAUGCACUCACUGGUCACCUCCGUACACACUCGGUCUCCUCCCCAACAGUGGGCAAGCCCUACAAGUGUAACUACUGUGGCCGGAGCUACAAACAGCAGAGCACCCUAGAGGAGCACAAGGAGCGCUGCCACAACUACCUGCAGAGUCUCAGCACUGAAGCCCAAGCUCUGGCUGGCCAACCAGGUGAUGAGAUACGUGACCUGGAGAUGGUGCCAGACUCCAUGCUGCACUCAUCCUCUGAGCGGCCAACUUUCAUUGAUCGUCUGGCCAACAGCCUCACCAAACGCAAGCGUUCUACCCCCCAGAAGUUUGUAGGCGAAAAGCAGAUGCGCUUCAGCCUCUCAGACCUCCCCUAUGAUGUGAACUCGGGUGGCUACGAGAAGGAUGUGGAGUUGGUAGCACACCAUGGCCUGGAGCCUGGUUUUGGAGGUUCUCUGGCCUUUGUGGGGGCAGAGCAUCUGCGUCCCCUUCGCCUUCCACCUACCAGUUGCAUCUCAGAACUCACGCCCGUCAUCAGCUCUGUCUACACCCAGAUGCAGCCCCUCCCCGGUCGACUGGAGCUUGCAGGGUCCCGAGAAGCAGGUGAAGGACCUGAGGACCUGGCUGAUGGAGGCCCCCUCCUCUACCAUGCUCGAGGUUCCCUGACUGAUCCUGGGGCAUCCCCCAGCAAUGGCUGCCAGGACUCCACAGAUACCGAGAGCAACCACGAAGAUCGGGUUGCUGGGGUGGUAUCCCUCCCUCAGGGUCCCCCACCCCAACCACCUCCCACUAUUGUGGUGGGCCGGCCCAGUCCUGCCUACGCCAAAGAGGACCCCAAGCCACAAGAGGGGUUACCACGGGGCACUCCAGGCCCCUCCAAGGAAGUGCUUCGGGUGGUGGGUGAGAGCGGCGAGCCCGUGAAGGCCUUCAAGUGUGAGCACUGCCGCAUCCUCUUCUUGGACCACGUCAUGUUCACUAUCCACAUGGGCUGCCAUGGCUUCAGAGACCCUUUCGAGUGCAACAUCUGUGGUUACCACAGCCAGGACCGGUAUGAGUUCUCUUCCCAUAUUGUCCGGGGGGAGCAUAAGGUGGGCUAGUGAUUUUCACUCCUCCCCUCAGUCCACUUCACUGCCCUACCUACAGGUGUCUAGCCCUGUCCCUACCACACCCCAAGGAGUUUUGCUUUUCGCCCCCACCACUGGCUACCUGAUUUCAUACCUGACCCUGACCAUUCUUCACCUCUUUUCCUCUACCUUGACUUACUUAGCAUCGUGAUGAGACAGACCUUUUGCUUAUGUUUCCUGUUUUUCUUUUCUCUUAUCCUAGCAUACUUGUUAUUUAUUAAGAAAAUUCGUUUUUUGUUUUGCCUUUUUUUUGUUUUAAACUUGUAUCAAUUCACUUGCCACCCACACAUCCACAUUGCCCUUCCACUUAGGCCUAAAUUUUGUCAAUGAUCUAGCUUCCUCCAACAGCCAGGAGUAGGGAGCUCCUCUUUGGUAUUAUUAAGAGACCUUGAGCUUCUUCUUGCUUAAACUCCUCAUCCUUUAUCUGGUUCUUCACUGUUGAUGUUGAUACCUCCCUCUGGCCCUACCUUAGCUAUGUGGCAUUAUAUCUCCUCUCUUGGACUCUUCAAUCUGGUACUUCAUACCUCUGUGCCCUCUCACCUUGGCAGCUUGCACUCUUCUUGAACAAAUAAAGAAGUUCCUCAUCUGAAAGUAGGAGGGGUUGAAGAAAUCCUCCCUGGGCACCAUGGGACUAAGGGUCCUUUGAUAUUCCCCUAAUAAUAUGAAUUUCCAAAGUCCACAUUCAGGAUCUCCCUCUAGGAUGUGAUAUAGAUAGCUCUUUCCUCUUCUUGAACACCCCUCAUACUGCUCUGGUCUCCUCAGCCUGCCAGUCUACUCAGUGGUGGUCUUUCUCUCCUUGGAAUGCCCCAAUUAUAUAUUCUCAGGGGCCAAGGCUAGGUCUGCAUCCCUCUAUCUCUGAUGCAUUGGGAGCCACAGGUGCCUAAUUGAGAGCCAGGGCAUAGGGCAGGGGUGAGUCAAGAAUUUUCUCUUUCUCCUCCAACUCUCAAACCUCUUCACUCCAGUGACCUUCCUAGUCUCUCAGGGGCUUCUUUAGCCCCCAUCCUAAACUAGCAGGUUUCUGCCUGAUGACAAGGGGUAUCUCAGCCCCUCAGUCAUGCUGCCUUCUUCCUUCUUCCCUGCCCUUCCCCCACAGUAGGAUUCACCCUCUCAUUCACGGACUUUUGGGUCCUAUUUUUGGGUCAGUGGUGGGGAGAAAAGGGUAUAUCUUUUCUCUCUUCUAAUUUUCAGUGUAACCAAAAAUUAUCCCUAGACAAGCAAAGGCACAUGCCCCUCACCCCAUUCUAUCCUUGUCCCAGAAUGGGAUGGGCACAACUGGACCAGGGUCAGCUUUUUACUGCCUCCUUCUACACUCAGCUCCCAGAUAUAGGGCAGGAAGGGGUACUCUCCUCCUGGCUACUGUAGAGACCCUGGCUAUUUGGGUACCCCAGGAUUAGUGAUAUGGGAGCAGGAGAAGUUAUAACUCCACUGGAAGUAGAGGGCUCUUUCUACAAGAGUUCCUUGCCCAAGACCACAGCCAUCCCACUCUCUGCUUCCUUGAGAUUCAAACCAAAGGCUGUUUUUCUAUGUUU